AUGCCGUUAGAACGCGACGCCUCCGGCCGAACAUUCAUCCACCACCCUUCCGGUCAACGAACCCACUACAUCCUGAAUGACUUCACCGACCCAUGGAAAUCGCGAGAAACAAUCUUGAUACAACACGGUUUCGGGCGCCACGCCGCCUUCUGGUACCAUUGGAUCCCCAUUCUAUCCCGCAAAUACCGUGUCAUACGACGGGACUUGCGAGGCCAUGGAUACUCCAGCUACCCUCAAAAUUCAGACAAGUAUGACUAUACCCUAAACACAAUAUUAGGCGAGAUGAUCGAUACGCUUGAUCAGCUGGGCGUGGAGAGGGUGCAUUUCCUCGGUGAAUCGACGGGAGGUAUUUUGGGCGAGAUAUUCGCGGCGAAACACCCAGAGAGUCUGCUGAGCUUGACUGUUUGCUCUACACCGAUUUAUCUACCUCCAGUGGCUUUGCGGCUAUUCGCUUUCGGUAGGAAGGAUUGGCCGACGGCGUGCAGGGAGCUCGGGUCGCGGGGUUGGGCAGAGGAGUUGUCGCGCAUUCCGGGGACUAUCCCCGUGACGGAUCCGCAGUAUCUUCCGUGGUAUUUGGAACAGAUUGCUGUUAGUGAUGGUGAGGGUUUGGCUCAAUAUGCGAAGUUUCUAUCGACAUUGGACGCGAGGCCUUGGUUGGGGAGGAUCAAAGCGCCGACGUUAAUCUUAUCGCCAACGCAGAGUGCUGCUGUAAAAGUCGAAGAUAUGAAAGUCCUGGCGGAGAAGAUCGAAGGAAGCAAGCUCGUGCUUAUCGAGGGCCCAGGACAUGAGAUCUACGUCACUCAAGCGAAAAAGUGUCAGCAGGCGUUCCUAGGAUUCCUGGAGAAUCUGGACAGGGACAUCACUAAAGGAGAAAAUUAA